GUUUUGGUGUUGGGUUUUAUGAAUUUCUUUGGUGAAACAGUUUGGUGUUAACGUUCGUAAAUAAUGCUAUAAGCAAUGAGUUUAUGUUUAACACAUUUAAUUCAGUUGUACUUUAGGAUUUUCGUAAGCGACUUAAAAAUAUAUUGAGUUCUUGAGGUCUCUAUAGAUGUAUUUGUUGUCAGAUUAUAAAAUAUACUUUUCUGUGUCGACGUAUUACAGGGUUGUAUAAACUGCUUUGCAUAUACAUGUUAAAUAAGAAUAGUAAGUUAAAUAAACAUCAAUUGUCAAUGUUAAGCAAGUAAAUUUUGUUUCAGUUAUACUUUAAAAUUUAUAGCAAUACUAGUUUGUUCCAUAUUUUACCAAACCAUGUGGUGACCUAGUUUAGUGCUAUUUAACAUUAUCAGACACUCAAGUUACUUUUAAUAACAGAAUAGCUCAUUUUAUUACUGAACCAAGGUAACAAAUUUAAAACCAAUCUAAUAUCAACGUUUACGAAUCGUUUUUGCAAAAUUAGGCCGACCUAACCUAAAAAUCAAUAGUGGAUUAGUUGGUGACCACUCCGCAAGGAGCGCUAGUGUCGACAUCACGUGACCGCGGUAUCAGCUGAUUAUGGCGAGUGUAGAGCCGCGUACACCCCUCUCCCCCAUGCCACCCUCGCCCCCAGCUGACUGCCAGGAGUGUAAGAGACAUUUCCUCGCUAUCGCAGCCGUCGUUGUCUGUCUGGCUGGGUGUCUACUGGUGCUCAAGGUGGACAAGGAUAUAAUCGUCGAGGAGAAGAUAGAACCAGUGGUCGCCACUAAGUUGGUGGGGCUGAUUUUGGCUCGGGGAGGCAGUAAAGGACUUGCUCGCAAGAACUUGGCUACCAUCAACAACAAGACUCUACUCUCCCGUGCACUGACAGCUAUGGCCAACUCAAACUGUUUUGAUGAGCUAUGGGUGUCAACGGAAGACAAGGAAAUUGCAGAGGAGGCACUGAAGUACGAGGCCAAUGUUCACCAACGACCAGCCUCCGUGGCUGAGGACAACACUUCCUCUAUCUUGGCUGUCCAGGAGUUUGUAGAGAGACAUCCAGAUGUGCGGUUGGUGGGCCUUGUCCAAUGCACUUCUCCAUUCAUCAAAGCCCAAUGGCUGCGCGAGGCUUGUCUUAUGAUGACUUCUCAAGGGUAUGACUCAGUAUUCUCUGCAGCCCGACAGAAAAACCUGCGUUGGGAGCCUGCGGAAAAUGGAACAGUGAAGGAGCUGAACUUCAACACAGGGGAACGACCUCGAAGACAAGAGUGGAAUGGGGAGUUGGUAGAAAACGGAAUGUUUUACUUUGCAACAACUGAGCUGGUGAAUCAAAACAAACUCCAGGGUGGAAGGGUCGGGUAUGUAGAGGUCCCCAAAAACUACAGUUUGGAGGUGGACACUCCGUUAGACCUCUUGAUGGGAGAAGCCCUCGCUCCAAUUUUGGACCCUACACUUGACAACCCAGACUAAAUUUUUGGACAUCUUGUCUCAUAGCUCUGAGGUUUCUAGCAACUGCCUAAGAAGUAAAAUAUCUUAAAUACUAUGAGGUUUCAUAUUUUCAAUAGAUCUACUUUGAGAUUAGAGAGAAAUGGACAGAUGACAUAAUAACGUGGGUAGGUAUACAACAGACCAGUGUUAGUUUAACUGCUG